AUGGAAGCUGAAGCCUUGAAACCGCCGCAUCAGUUAUCGCUGGAUUUGAAGAGAAAGCAACAUCCUGAUACACAAUCCAUGCCAACAACACCUCCAUCAGACGACUUUGAACAUCAAACUGAAGACGAUUCUGACGAUCAACCAAAAUCAAAGAGACCUCGUCUUAUAGAACCAGAAACACCACCCCAGACUCCACGAGAAGAAUUUCGAUGCAAUGUUAUGGGCUGCAACAAGGUCUUUGAGAAACGUAGUAAACUGAACCAGCAUGAAAAGACACAUUCUGAUGAGCGGCCUCAUGUGUGUCCACACCCAGGAUGUGGUAAAGCGUUUCGACGUGCAGAUCAUCUUCGAGCUCAUACACCAGCACAUGCUACAGAAGUAGAACUUCAAAAGCCAUUCGUGUGUACAUAUACAGACUGUGAAUCUAGGUUUCGAUUGAAGCAUCAGUUGACUCGUCAUGAAGCUACCCAUCAAACUCCAAAACCGUUUCAUUGUACCGUUGAUGGCUGUGAAGAAGCAUUUGCAAAACGAGAGCAAUUACGAAGACAUGUCGCUGCUCACUCUGGUCAAAAGCCAUUUGUAUGUACAUUUGAAGGGUGUGCAAAGUCGUUCGAGUCCAAUUAUAAGUUGAGUAGACAUGUGCGAAGUCAUGCAUCCAAGGCAUAUCUCUGUGAUCAAUGUGAUGAAAUAUUUGAUAAAUGGUCCCUGUUACAAAAACACGUCAACCAUAACCACGUCAUCAAAUGUGAAAUCUGUGUCAAGACAUUUACGAGACAAGAUGCUCUAGUCAAACAUUACGAUACCCAUGAUCCGUCUCGUGAUAUGCAACCAUGUACUUGGCCGGGUUGUGCUCGUGUCUUUACCACAGAAAAAACACUUCAAGUCCACAUAAAGACUACCCAUGAACAAGAACGAUCAUUCAAAUGUACUUUACCAGACUGUGGCGCUGCAUUCACCUCCAAAGUUGUGUUAGAUCGACACUUGGCUGCUCAUAAUCGACCAGAAUCUAAUGUUUCGAAGAGGAUAUUAGCAUCUAGACCCAAACUCUCUGCGGCAGAAACUAUCACUGGUGCUCGAAGAAAGCCAGAUGUACCGAGACCUGAAUCAGGACCGUCACAGCCGUCAUCAUAUUCUGCUUUUGUUGGACUAGGUGAAGCUGAAAUGGGGCAAGGAUACGGAGCUGAUUAUGAAGAAAUGAUGGGUGAUGAAGCAGAGGAUGUAGAAGAGUGUCACUAUCACGGUGGGCAUUGUGAUGAUGAAGAAGAGGAAGAAAUUGACGAGGUUGGCCAUUAUGGUGACGAGUUUGAAGAUUAA